GAAUUAUUUUUGUGGCGCACCACCCGUGUGGCUGCCAAGUAGGAAGCUGGUGGUACAACAACAGCAACAACAACAACCAUGACGUCUCAGUCGGUUUUCUAGAAGCUGUCGAGGAGCAUAGACAGAAUAAUGACUCAAAACCACGUGGCGGGGAUGGAGACGUCCGCCAUCUCCGUCCUGAAGCGCGCAGUGGAGCUGGAUCACGGCGGCCGCGUCCAGGAGUCUCUGGUCUGCUACCAGGAGGGCAUCCAGCUGCUGAUGGACGUGUUGAAAGCCACUGUGAACGAUGAGUCCAAGAGAGGCCACUACAGGGAGAAGAUCAAGGGCUACAUGGACAGAGCAGAGCAAAUCAAAGUCCACGUGAACCAGAUGAAAGAAGAUGGGAAGUAUCACGAGCAGAUUCGAAUAGAAGAGGAUGCCACCGGUUACAGCUACCAGGUUCUGUUCAAGCCAUACAUGAGCAGUUUGCUCACAGAAGUUUGGGUACAAGACCCUUACAUACGGCACACGCACCAGUUGUACAACUUCCUGCGGUUCUGUGAGAUGCUGCUGACACCGUCCUGCAAGGUGAAAAAGAUCCAUCUGCUCACUUCCCAGGAUGAAGCAAACAGCAGUCAGCAGAGCAGCGCUCUGGGCGAGCUGAAAGAAAGUCUGAGUGCUCAGGGAGUGACUUUGGAUCUGCAGUACUCCUCCACUAUACAUGACAGGGAGAUCAGGUUUGACAAUGGUUGGAUCAUAAAGAUAGGAAGAGGGCUGGAUUACUUCAAGAGACCUAAGGGUCGGUUCUCUGUUGGAUAUUGUGACUAUGACCUCAGGCAGUGCCACGAAACCAGCAUAGACAUUUUUCACACCAAACACACUAAAACACUAUGAGAUUCAUAAAGCUUGAAUUAAUUUUUCAACGCACACAUUUGCUAUGUUUUUGGAUGUGCCUUUACAUACACAUGCAUGUGAUCAACCUUGUAACUACUGUGUAACAGAGCAAUUUUUAUCAGGUUUUACAAAAUGCUUUUUUUCACAUUGGUCUUUUUUUUGUCCUUUCUUAUCCAAGAGCUAUAAUCAUUUUUUUAUUUUAAAUUUUCAAUGAUAACUGUUCUUAUGCUGUAUGCUUUUAGGGUGUCAUACUGCAAUCUGGUGGAAAAUAAAUUAGGUGCUUUAAUAAUACCAUAAAA